GAUGGACCGGGGAAACUGGACCUGAACGGUCAUGUUUGCGGUUAUGAAGUUGCUGUCAUGGCGGUGAUCUGAAGCUUUGUACGUGGCAAAGUGCACUGCUCUGAAUAUUCAACGUGAAAUGAAAACCCUGCCUUUUUAAAUUGUUUGUAUAGAAUUUUCGUAAAUUCUAGUUAACCACUGCAGUGUCUGAUCUGGUGACCACAAAGCACGAUUACGCAAAUCUCGUCAUAAAAUUCAAGAUGUUUCGAAGAAAUAUCUACGUUAUGCGUUUACUUUUUUUGCUACUUUCUGUGGCAAUAUACGGCGCUCAGGCAACAGGAGAUGAAAACUUAGGAAAUACUCAGAGUGGUGUAGGAACUAAUGCUAAAGAGGGUGCCCGUGAAGCUUCUGCCAGUGACAAUUGGAUCACGAAUCUGUCAUGGAACCUUCUUGGCUAUGCGACAAUAAUCAUACCCGGAGCCUUCAUUAUUCGUAUGCUCAAGAACUCGAACUUCAACGAAAGAAGCGGUACAGGUUGCCUCUUCCGUUCUGUUCAGCUUUGUGUGUUUGGCACACCACCAGAGACCCCAAGCGUUGAGGAUGGUGGCAUUAAACCAAAAGAGGACCCUCCUUCGCCAGGUUUUUCUCAGACAACUAUCAAGCUUCUCUUUUGUGCUGCUGGUCUUCAAGUAUCUUAUCUCACAUGGGGAGUCUUACAAGAACGAAUCAUGACAAGAAGUUAUGAAGAACGUAGGGCAGAUGGGACUGUAGAACUUGUGAAAUUCCAAAACUCUCAAUUCCUUGUAUUCAUUAACCGCAUCCUGGCUUUGACAGUAGCCCUUAUUUAUAUAAUAUUCACCCGGCAACCACGUCACACUGCUCCGCUGUACAAGUAUUCAUACUCUUCCUUUUCAAAUAUAAUGAGCAGCUGGUGUCAGUAUGAGGCAUUGAAAUUUGUCAGUUUUCCAACGCAAGUCUUAUGUAAAGCAUCAAAAAUAAUCCCUGUUAUGAUUAUGGGGAAAAUAGUAUCAAAGAAAACAUAUCCAUACUAUGAAUAUGUUGUUGCAGUUCUCCUUUCUGGUGGGGUUAGCCUCUUUCUCUUGGCAGCUGAUCCAUCAGGAAAGCGAACUGCAGCAGCUACAACUUUUUCAGGUGCUGUUAUUCUCUUAGGUUAUAUGGCAUUUGACAGCUUCACUUCCAAUUGGCAGUCAGAGCUGUUCACCCAACACAAAAUGUCCUCCAUGCAGAUGAUGUUAGGAACUAAUCUCUUUUCCAGUCUGUUCACAAUGUGGUCGAUGAUUGAAGGUGGAAGCUUCUUGUCCUCAGUUUGGUUUGCACUAAGCCACCCUGAGUUUGCAUUCCAUGCUGUAUUGUUGUCUCUCAUGUCAGCAACAGGACAGCUGUUUAUUUUUUACACCAUUCAAUCAUUUGGUCCAAUUGUCUUCACCAUUAUCAUGACCACACGGAUGAUGUUGAGCAUACUUCUGUCGUGUAUCCUGUAUAACCACCCUCUGUCAGCUCAAGCAAUGUUUGGUGUGAUUAUUGUAUUUGUGGCUCUCUUUCUGAGGGUUUAUGCUAGGUAUCGUGCAAAAUCUUCCAGUAAGUCCUAACUUCAUUAGUUAAAAUGGGUUGGGUAAGCAGAAAGCUGGUAAUGAAUAUUUUGGAAAGCAUCCUUCAAUUCUCUCUUUUGAUGAAAAGAAGAUGAAUCUGCCACUGGCAAUAUUUUUCAUGUACACACAUACAUACACUCUUAUUUAACCCUUAAACUCCCAUGAGUGACCAAGACAGGAUUUCUUCUUAAAAUAUUAAUACAUUAUCAACCAGAUAAGUGAAAAGAAUAAAGAAAAAUAUCAGUUUGGGGAUAAUUAGUUAAUCCAAUACCAAAUUCUCUGAACUAACAUCAUUAGAAUUGUAUGAUUGACAGUAAGGAGAAUGACAAUUUUGAUCUGGGAGUUAAAGAGUUAAGAAUACCAGGAGCAUUGCUUUUGUGAAAGCUUGCUAAGUGCACCCCCCUCCCAUAGAAAAAGAUAAAAUAAAAAAUUCAGUUUAGUGCUCCUUCAUCUGUAACAAGCAGUUAUCCUAUUGAACACUAUGCACACCAAAGCUUAAACAUGUUGUUUUUGUUUAACAUGGUUUAGAAUUGUUUUCUUCAUUGAAAUAUAUUUUCUUCAUUGAAGCCACUUAAACCAAGUUUGUUGACUUCAAAUUUAGUACUUUAUAAAUACAUUUCGGUGAUUACUUAAUACCUAAUAAGCCUGAAUUUUUCUUGGAUGAAAAAUUCAGGUUUUCUGUUUGUUUUUGAUUUUCAUUCAGUUAUACACAGUUUGACAAAACAUGUUUUUCUGGUGUGAAUGGGACCUUUGUAUUUAUUAAACUGUUCAAUCUUCCUUAUUUGUGAGUGGAGAAAAGUGUCAUUAUUACAGUGAUUUCAAAUUAUAAAAGUUGAGUUUAAUGUGAUACCCAAUCACUAAGUGAUCACACUGUUCCACUAGUAUAAUGUGUUAAGUAAUAAAAUGAGUUGAAAAUUCUCAUAAGAUAAAGAUGUUUCAUUUUAAAUCACUACUAUUAUAUACAGCUUUUUUCAAGUUUAAAAGUAUGCUUCUCUAUUCAGUUUUAGAGUUGGCAUGUAGUUUUUUAUUUGUUAUUAUUCAUUAAAAUGUGUAAUACUAUUUUUAGACCAAGCUUAGGUGGUUUCAUACUUUAGUAAAUAAUUCAAUUCGGGUUAAAUAUCUAGGGAAAAGUUCUUGUGAAUUAUGCAGUAGAAAGGUUGUUGGGUAAUUCAGCUUCUCCUUUAAAAAAAGGCAAUCUGGCCAGCUUUAUUAUGAAGUAUGUCUUUACUCAUGAUUGUGACUUAGUAAAUCAGCAGAAACUAUUAUUAACUGUCCUUAAUGUGAAGUCUCUAAUGACUAAUUCUCUCUGGUAAGCUUUCAUUCUGAGCUUUAGGUUUACAUUAAAGCCUCUUGAGACCUCUAUAUCUCUAAAAUUUAUGAUGUCAUUCUUUCCUUAACUGAUGCUUUGCAGGUGGUUAUAUCAAAAUUUGUUAGGUAGCAUGUCAGUACAAAAUAGACAUUUUUGUGUGGAAUGCCUGUAUUAGAUUAUAUUUUAAAUAUUUGGGUAAUAACAAACAAAGAGAUGCAUUCUGCAUAUGAUAUUCAUUAAAGACUGGUGGAAGUUA